AUGAAUAUCAUUGAAUCGAAUAGGGAAAAGGAGAGGAUAAGCCUGCACAGCCAUAUUAGUGGCUUGGGGCUAGAUGCGGACGGGUUCGUGCAGGACUUGAACUUUGAGCAGAAAAAAAGGAAAGGCGGCAAAGUGGGCGUCAACGGGUUCAUGAAUGGGCAUCCAAAUGGGGUAACAAAUGGGCAUCCGAAUGGGGUAACAAAUGAGCAGGCAAACCCGGAUGACGCAUUAUGUAACGAAUUCACAGGUAACGGAAUGGAAGAAGAGCAGGGAAUGAAGGCAAACAGUGAACUUAAUGGGUAUGUGCACACAAAUGGGGAGUGCACUCAUCCCCAGGAAGAAAGCGACGAUGAAGUAUAUCGAAACUUCUACAACUGCAAAGGAAUGAUUGGACAAAAGAAAGCGAGAGAAGCCGCAGGAAUAUUUAUCAAUCUAAUUAAGGAAAAAAAUAUAUGCAAAUGUUUGCUCUUAGCAGGCCCCAGUGGAAGCGGAAAAACAGCCAUAGCAAUAGCUAUAAGUAAGGAAAUUAGUGAAGAUUCCAUCCCUUUUUGCAUCUUCAAUGCAUCUCAGGUAUAUUCUUGUGAAGUAAAAAAAACAGAAAUAUUAACUCAAUAUAUAAGGAAAAGUAUCGGCGUAAAAAUAAAAGAAAUAAAAGAAGUGUUUGAGGGUGAAGUCAUAAACAUAGAACCAUUUUACGAUGAUACAUACGAAGAAAAAAAAAUUUCCUAUGUACAUAUUACCUUGAAGACUUUGAAGGAACAAAAAAAAAUAAAAAUUCAUUCAUCUAUAUAUGAUAAUAUUGUCAAAGAGAAAAUUCAAGAAAAAGAUAUUAUAUACAUUGAAUCACACAGCGGGUUAGUUAAACGGGUAGGGAAAUGCAGCUUAUACCAAGAUAUGUUUGAUAUCGAGACGGACACGUUUGUUGACUUACCUAAAGGAAAUGUGCAUAAGAAAAAAAAUAUCAUUCAGAAUGUUACCCUCUACGAUUUAGAUAUAUCUAAUGUGCAGCCAAAGGAUAAUAUUCUCAAUUUUUUGCAAAACUCUAAAUCUAAGAAAACCGAAAUUACCGAUAAACUGAGAAAUGAAAUUAACAAAAUUGUUUAUAAAUAUGUCGACCAGGGGAUAGCUCAAAUUAUACCGGGAGUCCUCUUCAUUGACGAGGUGCAUAUGCUAGACAUUGAGUGCUUCACAUACUUGAACCGAACUUUGGAAUCCAACUUGGCCCCCAUAGUCAUUUUGGCCACAAAUCGAGGAAUAUGCAACAUAAAAGGUACGAACAUUAUAUCUGCCCACGGAAUCCCAGUUGACUUACUCGAUCGAAUCAUAAUUGUUAAAACCAUGUUGUACAAUAAAGACGAAAUACUGCAGGUUCUAAAACUGAGGUGCAAAUUUGAGAAAAUAAAAAUCGAAAACGAAGCCUUACAUUACUUGGCAGACAUAGGCAUCCAGUGUUCCCUAAGAUAUGCCAUUCAACUUUUAACCCCAGCGAAAAUAUUAUCCAAAAGAAAAGGGAAAAAAAGGAUAAAUAAAAGCAUCAUAGAAAUUGUUUCGUCCAUUUUUUUUGACACAAAAAGAUCCACGCAGCUUCUCUUGGACGACAAAAAUAAAUAUUUGUACUAG